AGGAUAUCUUCUUCCCGGUACCGUAGGAGACCUCGGAAGUAGCCAGUUUUCGUGGGUCGUCAAGUGGCCGGAAGAUGGCUUCAGGUCCUCCAGUGUCUUCAACAGUCUCCAAUACGCAGGACCCAAAUCCAGGACAUUUAACGAAAUUCCACCGGUCGAUCUACACCCUGAAGCCAGCCUAAAAGAAGUCACCGUUGAGAUGACCAACGGCGACACCUACACCAUCGACAGCAGUGACCUCGAACGCAUCACCUGCAUGAACGCCGGGAUCUUCAACACCCGCCAGGCCCGCCUUAAUGGCCGCCUAUACGACCUUGAAAUCGAGGAAGUCGUUCUAAACGAUUCGAUGAACGAGGCCAUAUCGAUGCUCAAUGCAGUCAUACGGAGAAUCAACUGGUGGUUAACGUCGACGAAGAACGGCAAAGGAGCAGUAGGCGCGCUAGCUCGUAAAUUGAGUAAAACAGCAAGAAAAGAAAAGACCGUUGAGCUGGCGCUAGCGGAGGAGCAACUUGGCCCUGGAAGACUGACGAAGAAUUGUGCGCUCCUGAAUCAAGAUAUGCUUGCCAUAGCGUACAAACUCGAAGGCCGGAAGAUUACUAAGAAAGACGCGAUCAGGAUCAUGGGCACCCAUAACCGAAAGAUCAAAGCUAUGGUCCGGCACUUCGAGCGCGGCAUGGAUGACUUCGAAUACAAAGUCGACAGCACGGAGCGCAAAAAGAUCCGCAGCGAGUUGGAGAAAGUGAGAAACAAGAUCGAUCAUUCGGAGAAUAUGCGGCAUCGAAUUGAUGAGGAUGAGGACUUUUCGGAUGAGCCUAUCGUCAAGGUCAUCUACCCUGGCGCAAACGGCCCUACGGAUCCCACGAAUUGGCAAGAUUACCAAGCGAGAAUUACCAACGGUCGCUUGCAUGUCGAUGGGAAGCAAUUCACCGUUACCCGCGCCAACUGGAUUUCAAAUGAAAUGAUUGAAGUCACCCUUUCCCAACAUCCUGCCAAAUUCCUCGUGGCGCCUCUUCAACCCGUCGACGAAGCCAGCCGUGCCGAUGAAGUUCAAAUCGGGGACAUCGCAAUCCUGGCUGGACAUUACAUAAUUAUCGCAGUGCCAGGAGAAGGCGAAUUCAGCUGGGGUUACAUCAUGACCAACUACCUCCGGAUCAACAGCAUGGAUGCUGGUGCGACCCAGAGCAAACGAGGGCAGAAUCGGAGAGCGCAGAGGGAGGUUUUGAGCACAGCUAUUUUUGUGUGACGAGGAUUUUUGACAGCAUAAUAAGAAAUUUCGAGCUAACUCUAUACAUUCAGUAUGGUAACCUAUUACACAGUGUAAUUGGCGAAGGCAUUGCUUUUUCCGUACUUUCGGGAGCUUCCCGCCUGCAGGUUGAGCUGGGGUAAAUCCGAUGCACAACCACUGACAUCAGCCACAGCAGCACCGCCUCAUUCCUGAACCGUGGAAAUCCUAAUGUCAAACCUC